AUGUCGGCGAGCGACGCGGAGGCGGUGCGAACGCUGGCGUGCGUGACGGUGAAGCGAAGGUGCACGCCGAGGGCGUUCGCGUCGAGGUUGACGCGCGGCGAGAGGGACGAGGCGAAGCGAGCGCUUCUGGAUCGAGCGAUGACGGCGGAGAGCAAGGCGCUGAGGAAUGCGGUGCUGGACGUUAUCGCGAAAAUCGCGCGUUGGACGGUGCCGCAGGGGGAGUGGAACGAGUUGUUGGAAUUUUUGGGACAGUGCGCGAGCUCGCCCGAGACGGCGCAUCGAGCGUUGGCGUUUAAGUUGUUCGAGAGCCUGACGGAGACGAUCGUGAGCUCGCUGAGUCAUCACUUUAAGACGUUGGCGGGAUUGUUUGCGAACGGACUCGUGGACGCGCACGAUGAGGUGCGGGUGAGCGCGCUUCGCGCCGUCGGGGCGUUGGUGGCGAACGCGUCGGGCGAGCCCGAGGAGGUGGCGGUGAUAAAGUCGUUGGUGCCGCACGUGCUCGAGGCGGCGAAGACGGCGGUGUCGAACGAAGACGAAGAGUCGGCAUCGAUCGUGUUUGAGGUCCUAGAUGCGCUCACGGAGAGUCGCACGAGCGCUUUGAGUGGACACGUGCCCGCCGUCGUCGGCUUUUGCAUUCAAGUCGCCACGGCGGAACGCGAGCUCGGGACGAGCGCGCGACGACGCGCGUUAGACGUGCUGGCGUACAUGGCGCGUCACAAACCAAAGGCACUGACAAAGUCUAAGCUUGUCGAGCCGAUGCUGGCCGUGUUGUGCCCGCUGUGUGGUGAGCCCAAGGAAGCCGAGCUCGCGGGCGAGGACGAUCUCGAAGACGAAGACGAGGUGCACAUACAAACCGUAGCGAGUCAGCUCAUUGAUAUUUUAGCGCUUAAAGUGCCGGCAAAGUAUGUCCUUCCGACGGUUCUGUCAUUCGCCGCGGCGAAUAUCAACAAUGCAUCGAACGACCGCUUGCGUCACGCCGCAGUCGCCGUGCUCGGCGUCGUCACCGAAGGGUGCGCCGAGGGCGUGCGCGCGCACGCGAGCACCAUCGUGCCGAGUGUGGUCGGACGCUUGAGCGAUCUAAAUGGACCCGUGCGAGGCGCGGCGGCGUUUACGCUCGGACAGUUUGCCGAGCACCUUGGGUUGACGUUGGAAGACCCGGACAUGCACAAGCAAGUGCUGCCGAGCUUAUUCACCGCGCUUCCGGUUGAGCAAGUGAAGAGCGUGCAAGAGCGCAUGAUGUAUGCAAUGGAUGCGUGGUUGGAAGACGUUCAAGACGAAGUCGGCGUGUACGUCAAACCUUUGCUCGACAUAGUCUUAUUAGCUCUCGAUAGCGGUGCCAAGCGCCACGUGCGCGAGAUGUUACUUUCGGCGCUCGCGUCCGCGACGGCGUCGAGCGGGGACAAGGUGCAUCCGUACUUGGGCGAACUCUUGCCUAGACUCGAUCGUUGCUUGUCUCUGACGGCGGAUGAAGAAUUGAACGUUCGCGCGCGCGCGUUAGAAGUGCUGGGGAUGUUGAUUUCGGCCGAAGGUGGCAAGGAGGCCAUGGGACCGCACGUGGAAAACGCCAUGCAAGCCGGGCUCUCUGGGUUCGAGCUCGAUUUUGCCGAGCUCCGGGAAUACGCCCACGGCUUGUUUGGCGAAGUGGCGGAGGCGCUCAAGGAAGAUUUCGAUCGCUACCUCGCCGUGUGCGCGCAGAAAGCGUUCGCGUCGCUCGAACUGGACGAUGGUAUCAUGUUUGACAGCGAGGACGAAGCCGAUCGCGAAGAGUUGGAUUCGGACGACGACGGCGACGGCGACGGCAUGACGGAUUAUAUGCACGAGAUGGUGCGCGUGCAGGCGCACCUUGCGCUCGCGCAAACUACGAUCGCGGCACUCAGCAUCAACCCCGAAGGCGCGAAAGAACUGGUGAACGACUCACUCUCGGCCACGAUUCGUUGUGUUUUAGAAGACGAAGAUCGGGAUGCGGUGGCCGCGUCCGUGGAAGCCGCGGCGCUUCUCGUAAACAUUCUCAAAGAACAUCGCGGGGUAGACGUCUCGCAGCACGUCAUCGAUCUCACCGCGGCAAGUUUGGAAAUUCUAGAGGGCAACACGUUCUGUCAAGUCGAAGAUGGGUAUGACAGCGAAGAAGGCGACGAAGAAGGCGAUGAAGACGAAGACGAAGACGUCGAAGCGGGCUUGGUUGUCAUCGAAGCCGUCGCCGAGCUCUUACCUGCGCUCGCGAUGUACAUGGGAGAGACGUUCGCGACGCACUUUGUGCCGCACUUCAACGCUUUGAUGAAGCGCACGGAAGAAAAUCAUACCGAAACCGAGCGUUCACUGUGCUACGCGACGCUCGUCGAGGUGGUGCGCGCCGUCGGUGCGCCCGCUGCGGGAUGCGCCGUCGUUGCGCUCCCGAGGUGUUUGCGUGACGUCGCGUCUCUGGACGUCGGUUUGAGGCGCAACAGUAUUUAUUGCAUCGGUAUACUGGCGCAAAUAGGUGGUGCGAGCGCGAUAGAUUUCCACGGCGCCAUCGCGGAGGCACUCGCGCCGAUGACGCGAGCGGACCGAGAAUCCGACGGCGGCGUUCGCGAUAACGCCGUGGGCGCCAUCGCGCGUUUGCUACAAGUCAUCGACGGCGGUCAUGCUCGCGAAAACGCAUCCGCACUGCUUGAUGUCGUUCUCAACGCGCUACCCUUGCGAAACGAUUUAGAAGAAGGCCCGGACGUCUACCAUUGGCUCGCGUCGACGAUUACGGAAAAUCCAACCUCGCUCGCCGACGCCGCGAUGACUCGCAUCGUCGGUAUUUUAGCCGAAGUGGUCACCGAUGGUGCGCUCGCACCGAUAGACACGUCGCGAAUAUUAGGAAUCGCGCUCUCGCGCGCCGAAGAUCAGCGCGUGCGAGCUACGCUCUCCAGUCUGCCCGCGCAGAGUCAAGACGCGAUUCGUCGAGCCGGGGCGUAG